CUAGCAUUGCAUGUUAUUGCGGAUAGGGGCAAUAUCAAACCUAUCAAACCCAUCACAAAUCCCCUCUACCUGCAAAUGUGUCCCUUCCCCUUUCAUGCCUCUUCCUUAUUUUCUUUUCGCAGGGAGAGCAACUGCAGGGACUGCAGGGACUGGAGCCAUGGCGCACUUGGAGGACACCCUCGAAAUGGCCGCCUUGGGCCGCCCCUUCCGGCUGGGGAUGCUCUACGACUGCCGCAAGGACACCCUCAUCCCAGGUUCCGCCCUUUGGGAUGAAGAUACAGUCGAGGAAGAAGUCAAUGUCCAAGCGCUUUCCAACACUGAAUCCAAGAUCAUUGCAUCUGACUCCCUAGAUGACAAGGCCUCUGCUCUCGAUAUCUCACCAUCGCUUAAGGCCAGCAUCCUUGGCGGCCUGAUUGACAUGAAAGGGUCGGCCAGGUGCCUCCUGGAUACCAAGAUGUCCAGGCAGCAGGCCAGAGUCACCCUGCACUACAAAACCACUAUGAGGUCUGAGGAGCUGGAUAUGCAUCACCUGGGAAUCGAAACCAUCUCUCACCCAGAGGUCUUUGACCAUGGCAUGGCCACACACGUUGUCGUUGCCAUCAUCUACGGAGCCCAGGCCUUCUUUGUCUUUGAUAGAGAAGUUUCCACUCUCAAUGCUGUCCAAGAGACAGAAGAAAGACUCAAGGCUAUCAUUAACAAGAUUAUAUCUGUUGAAGAAGAAGCAGAGGAAAAUAUGGAUGACAAGGAGAAAUCCCAGGCUGAAAAGUUUAGGUGCACAUUCUAUGGGGAUUUUUCUCUGGAGAGCAAUCCAGUGGGUUUCGAGGAUGCCAUGGAAGUGUUUGCCACUCUUCCAAGGAUGAUGGGAGACGAUGGAGAGAAAGCUGUGCCCAUAAAGGUCUGUCUGUUCCCGUUGAGCAAGAUGGAUUCUAGGGCAGCUGAGAUGGUGCAAGAGAUCAGCCUAGGGCUGAUUCUCGAUGCCCAGAAAGUUAUGGAAGAUCUCAAUGAAAUUGACAUGAGAUGUAGUGACCUAGAGAAGAAUCCUAUUGCUGACACCUUCCCGGAGAUCAAGAAGAAGAUCCAGCAUUUCCAGGACCUCUGCAAGCAGCACAGGCAGACUUUCCAGAAGAAAAUGGCACGAAUCCUGCCUUCUAUUCGGGGAGGAAAAAAAGAAGAAGGAGCCUUGGCAAAAAUCUUGACCUUAAUGAACCAAUCGCUCUUCAAUAUCCAAAGUCUCCACGAAUUUCUAGACACAAAAGAUGAAGAAAUUCAAGUGGUAAAAUCAUUUCUUAACAUCCUCAAAGGAAUAGAAAUCAUCUCCUCCCAGAUUAAACUAGAAGAAGUAGUGCUUAACCCCAAAAUUGAGUAUGUCGUCUCCUUUACAUUCACUUCCUUACACAAUGAAGAACCAUUCUUAUCCCAUUUCCAACAAUGCCUUCAGAAAAGAUUUCUGCAGGUGGCAGAUGAUCCCACAAAAACCGGGCCUACACCAGAAAAAAAUGAGGUCUGGUUUGAUCAUGAAGACAUACUCCAGAAUGCGUGGAAUGCUGCCAGGUCCACUUCAGACUUUGCCCAAGUCAAUAAACCAAAUGAGAAAACCCGGUUCGUGGUGGCCUCUGCCCCGGACGAGGACAACCCCGGUGCUUCCGUCUACCUCUACAAAGAUGGAGAGCUAAUCAGCUGCAACUUUCAGCUGCCCAAAAAACCAUUUCCUCUCCUUGUUGAUGAAAUCAAACAUGACAGCAUGAAGCUGGUGUUUCAGCCAGCUACCUAUGGGAAGAAUUCAAUCUCCAGCUAUCACGUAGAAUACAGGCCCUCAGGAGAAGAAAAGUGGAAGGCCAUGCAAACACAGGAUAAUCACUAUACUACAAUAUUAAAAGAUCUGCGUCCAAACACCGAAUACGAGGUCCGUUACUAUGCUCGGAGCAAGCCAGGCCUUAGCAAGGCCAGUGAUAUCAAUAGACCCGUGAAGACCCUUCCCACCAGCCCUCCUGGGAAGCCCAGAGAAGUAACGAUUAGGCCUUCCUCAAUUUCUAUUACCUGGGGAAGUCCCAAUGUUAUUGGAGCAGGAGCUGUUAUCAAGGAGUACCAAGUGGAGUACAGGAUUGAAGGUGAGGAUGAUGAAGGCGAACAAAAAUGGGAUGAAAGAAGAACAGGGAGAAAAACAGAAUUCUGCCAGAUUGAUGGCCUGACACCUCAGUCACUCUACCGACUCCGGGUGUCUGCAGUGUGUGCCGAUGGGGCUCAGAGUGUUCCCAGCGAAGAAGUGGAGGUUGCCACAACCCUGGAAGAAGAGGAGAAGGACAGAAUAGCUUUUAAGUAUUUCCAGAAGAGCUCACUGGCAGUAAAGGGGCAACCAUCCAUCUAUGUUCUUCCCUUGGAGGUUACCUCCAAUAUCUCAACAUCCCGUCGGAUGUACCGCCUAGGAGAAGAAAACCUGACGGUCCCCAACAAAGUCAUUAUGAUGGUUGGAGCUACAGGGUCAGGGAAGGCCACUCUCAUCAACGGGAUGGUCAACUACAUCCUGGGUGUCAAAUGGGAAGAUGAAUUUCGAUUCAAACUCAGUCAUGAAGAGACCCACAAAAGCCAAGCUGAAAGCCAAACCUCCAACAUGAAGUUCUAUGCGUUGAAUUAUCAGGAGGGAUUUCGGAUCCCUUAUUCUCUCACAAUCAUUGACAUCCCAGGAUUUGGUGAUACAGGAGUAAUAGAGAACAACCUCUUGCUAACAAAAAAGAUCAGGCACUUUUUGUCUACCUUGCCGGACACCGACCACCUGGAUGCCAUCUGCCUUGUGUUGCAGGCCUCUUUGUCUUGCUUAACACCUGCCCAGAGAUACAUGUUUGACUCUGUGCUCUCCAGUCUGGGGAAGGACAUGGAGGACCACGUCCAAGUCCUGGUCACCUUUGCAGAUGGACAGACCCCUCCUGCCCUGGAGGCCAUUGAAGCAGCCCAUGUGCCAUGUGCCAAAGAUGCCACCGGCACUCCCGUCCACUUCAAGUUCAAUAACUCUGCACUCUUUGCCGACAAUACGGUAAACAGUGGUGGCAGCUGUAACUUUGACGAGAUGUUCUGGAAAAUGGGCUGCAUGAGCAUGAAGGUUUUCUUUGACUCGUCGUACACAUUACAACCUACAAGUUUGACUUUGAUGAAGGAAGUCUUGCGAGAAAGAAAAGACCUGGAAGCUGCUGUGGAGAGUUUGCAGCCCCAGAUCCAAGCUGCUCUCCUUAUCCGAGAGGAAAUGAGGACAACACAGGAAGCUCUGAACCAGCAGAAGGACAAAAUGGCAGCCAACAAACAAUACGAGUACGAAGUGGAAGAAACCGUGCCGGUGAAAGAAGACAUCGCUAGUAGUUGGCAUUAUGCCAUCAACUGCAAGAAGUGCCAUUUCACCUGCCACUAUCCUUGCACGAGCAACAGUGAGGAUGAGAAGCGGCACUGCCCCGCCAUCAACCCCAUCACAGGGAAGUGCAAGGUUUGCCCCGGGCAGUGCCGGCGGGACGCCCACGCCAUCCAGAAGUACCAGUUCCAGUACAAAGUGGUCAAGGAGAAAAAGACCAACGAGGAGCUGAAGCGCAAAUACGAGGAGGCCUGCCAGGAAGAGCGAGCCACAGAGAAAGAGCUACACCACCUCAUACAGAAGUACGAAAAGAUGAGAACGGGCCUGGAAGUCCUCAUCCAAAAGUCAUCCAACAGCCUCCAGCGCCUGCAGGAAAUCGCCCUCAGGUCCAACCCGCUGUCCGCCCCAGAGUACGUUGACCUGCUCCUCAUGUCUGAACAGCAGGAGCUGAGGCCGGGCCAUCAGGAGCGGAUCGAGUCCCUGAAGAGAGCGAGGGAUGUGGCUGAGCUGAUGCAGAAGUUGACCCAUAAGGAGCCCCUCCUGCCCGGCGAGGGGGAUCUCUACGGCAAGAUGGAGCUCAAAAAGCAACCCCCACCCAAGACAAAGCCCAAGCCCCAGCUCAAGACCCAGCCCAAGACCCAGCCCAAGACCCAGCCCAAGACCCAGCCCCAGCCCCAGCCCCAGCCCAAGCCAGAGAGGAGGAACAGCCUUGCCGCCAUCGCCAGCUGGUUUAAGUAGACGGAAGCACAACCCCA